AUGACUUCCAAAUCUGAGAUCACGUUGGAACAUUUUUACAUUUUUAAUGGCACAUACGCGAAGAAGGAAGGGGAGGAAGAGAAGAAAAUUCUGUAUUACUACCCAGAGAAGGAUUUAGAUGUUCAAAUCAAGAACAUAGGUCUUAGCGAAGCAAUUAUCAAAUUCACAGAGUCUUUUAAUCCCGGACAACCAUGUGACUAUUGUCAUACGCAUAAAACGCGUCAGAUAUACUACCAACCAGAGCCCAAUUUCUGGAUGGUGAUGAUCGUUGGCAUUCCGUACAUUUACAAGGAACGAGACGGUAACAAAUAUCAGAACGAUGAGGUGUCCAGCAGCGUCUGCCAAGCUAUAUUGAGGCAGACGUACAUGAUGUUCAGACUGUUCAUGGGUUCCUUCGAGACCAUUAUCAACGAUCCCGAAUGCGGGUCCGUGAUGCUGUUGAAACUCAAACUGGAACAUUUUUACUCGCGAUACCUGCUUUCGUUGAAGCUGAACAACAGCGACAUUUUAGACGUUUUCCAAGGCUUACAAUUUUUACCUCUUGAUAAGACGACGUUUCUCAAGGUACAAUGCUUCAUGAAUCUGGUGGAGGCUAUGUUCACGCAGGUGAAACACACGGCGUUCCUCUAUAACGCUCAAGUUGUCUGGAGUGGACUGGAGCCUGAAGACAUGCAAGUGGUUUACAGUUACUUGAUAAGCACCCUUUUGCCGGCUCACCUCGAGAAGGAGCUGCAGGGAGGCUCGAUACCCAGAAAUUCUCCCUCGCCGUUUACAACAACGCAUUAUGGAAGGUUCGUUACCGGGCCUGCUAGCGUAAACGAGCCCAGUUUAAUCGGGAAGUCACCACAAGUUUUUAUCAAUUACUCCAGUAAGCCUGUGUCGCUGUACCUAGUGGUAUAUCGAGCUUUAAGUGCUACAAUAUGUCUCUUCGUCGAUAAGAAAACUAGCUUAUUAAUCGAUUUUUUCAAAAGCUUAGACAGUUUUCUGGGCCCGCAAUUAACCACGUUGGUUAGCUCCGUAGCUGAACAGUGCUCAAAACACGUAAGCACAGUCACGCCGGAAUCGUGCACGAAAUACUUGUAUUUUAAUAAGCUCAAUUUAGCGUACAAGAGUACAAUACAUUUGGACAACCGACGUUGCUCCAACGUGCUUACGACGCCCGAAGUCUUGAGGAUUAUCACCGAUAUAUACAACGACACGAAUAAAUUAAAUGAAACUGGAGAGAUAAUUAUCAAGACUAUGAGCGACUACUGGGUUAUUGGGAAAUUAUCGAACCUGAGAGAAUUUUUCGUCGUCAUACAGCAGAAGAAUGCUAGUAUUAUAGAAAUUGAUGAUGAAGUGAAGAGGCUUUGUGAGAAACAGUUAAAGAGUAUUUUUUUCCAUUGAUAGGUGAUAGAUAAAUAAAAAAUGCAAGUGAUAAGGCCAAAUAUCAUUUUAGUUUCAUUGUUAAUUAUUUACAGUGCAACAGAAUUUUGUUCCAUCUCGCCGAUUAUCACGGGACACGCGUAUAGCAUUCUGUAAAACAGUGUACCUUAAAUGUAUAAUAUUGUAUAAUUUAUACAUAAUAUAUAGUCAAGUAAAUCAUACAAAAUGCA